AUGACCGCAGCUACAUCAUAUCGUUCCCAAAAGCAGCAAAGGUUCGACUCAGCUGUGGCACAGAAGCAUAUAAUGUACUGCUCUCUGCAAUCACCUGAAUUCACUAUUUUAAACGCAGAUGAUGCUAUACAAGGGCAGCCACUGAAAAUUAUGAAGAUAGAACAGAGUAUAGACACCGUAAUACAAGGGACUCCACACUUACAUCUUACAUCUAUAGACCUGAAAGCACUCCAUAGUAUCCAAGAAAAGGCAUCGCUCCGUACUCCUCUACAGAUGGACUCAUUAGAUGAAUCUUAUUACUAUCAUACAACGCUACCCUUUUAUGUUGUACUAUCCGGCGUAAUUAUAUUCGUCGUUAUAUAUCUAAUCCUUCGUUACAAGCUACGCAGAUAA